GGCCGGAACUCUGGGGCGGGGCGGGCCCGGACGGCUUAUUGCCGGAAACGAGUCGCGUCUGUGGAUCGGAGCUGGAGCGGGUGUCGCAGUGCGGCUUAGGCCCGGGAGGCGGUGGCGUUUGUGUGCGGGCUCCGUCGAACCGCUAAGAUGGCGAGCACAGCUACAUCCGCAGCAGCAGUGCCCACCCUGGCUUCGCCUGUGGAGCAGCUCCGGCACUUGGCAGCGGAACUGCGGUUGCUCCUGCCCCGAGUGCGUGUCGGCGAAGCCCGGGAGACCACCCAGGAAUUUAAUCGGGAGAUAUUUUGGAGAAGACUUAAUGAGGCAGCUGUUAAAGUGUCGAGGGAAGCCACGACUCUGACCAAAGUCUUCUCUGGACCUCAACUGCCAUCUGCACAGGAAUCCCAGAGGUUCUGUGAACAGGUCCAUGCUGCCAUCAAGGAAAUUACUGCAGUAUACUAUUCGCUUCCGAAGGAUCAGGGAAUCACCUUGAGAAAGCUGGUGCGGGGUGCCGCUCUGGACAUUGUGGAUGGCAUGGCUCAGCUCGUGGAAGUACUUUCCAGCACUCCAGCUCAGAGCCCUGAGAACAAUGACCUUAUUUCCUGCAACAGUGUCUGGGUUGCGUGCGAGCAGGUGCCUCGGAUACCAAGAGAUAAUAAAGCUGCAGCUCUUUUAAUGCUGACGAAGAGUGUAGAUUUUGUGAAGGAUGCACAUGAAGAAAUGGAGCAGGCUGUGGAAGAAUGUGACCCUUACUGUGGCCUAUUGAAUGACACUGGGGAGGACAACUCUGAAAACCACAAUGAUGACGAUGAUGUGUUGGGGUUUCCAAGCAAUCAGGACUUAUACUGGUCAGAGGAAGAUCAAGAGCUCAUAGUCCCAUGCCUUGCACUGGUGAGAGCAUCCAAAGCCUGUCUGAAGAAAAUCCGGAUCUUAGUGGCAGAGAAUGGGAAGAAGGAUCAGGUAGCCCAGCUGGAUGAUAUUGUGGAUAUUUCUGAUGAAGUUAGCCCCAGUGUGGAUGAUUUGGCUCUGAGCAUAUAUCCACCCAUGUGCCACCUGACUGUGCGUAUCAAUUCUGCGAAACUUGUAUCUGUUUUAAAGAAGGCACUUGAAAUUACAAAAGCAAGUCAUGUGACCCCUCAGCCAGAAGAUAGUUGGAUCCCUUUACUUGUUAAUGCCAUUGAUCACUGCAUGAACAGAAUCAAGGAAUUCACUCAGAGUGAACUUGAACUAUGAGUUUUUGGGCUUGUUUGUCCUCUCCUCUCUUCUUCUCUCACUAUCAUAGCCAGGCUCUGAUGUCUACUUUUAAAAUGGAGCUAGAACACUUGCUGGAUUGAAAGGGGGUUCAUGUCUGUCUUUAACGAGAUAAUAUUACCAAAGAUUGUUCGUUAGGCCAGACUGGCAAUUAUUUAUAAACCAUGUGUGAGUAUAAUAUAUAUUUUUCUGUGCUAGAUAAAAAAAUAACUGCAUGAGUUUAUCUUCCUGAAUUGCUUCUCAGAUCCCUAGGGCAGCUGCCUUAUUCCUUAUUUGCAAUAAAGUAUAUUGUUUUCAUUGUUAAAGAUGCUGAUGAUCUCAAUAAAAUGCUAACCUACCAGUGAUUAAA